UAUAUGAAAUGCAAAUACUCUAAAGAAAACGCAUUUAAACUAAUAUUGGUUUUCUGUAGGGACUAAAUUCUCAUUAAUUAAUUCCCCAUUAAAAAAACCCUAAAGAAAACGAUCCUCUGGCAAUUUUGUAACCUUGGUUGUUCUGUGGAAGCUCGAGAGAAAAGAAUGGAUAUGCAGGGAGAAAUCGAGAGAUUGAUGUUCUUCGAACAUGCUCGGAAAGCAGCAGAAGCUACUUACAUCAAAAACCCUCUAGAUGCCGAUAACUUGUUGAGAUGGGGAGGAGCUUUAUUAGAACUCUCCCAGUUUCAGAACCCCACAGCCUCAAAGCAAAUGCUUCUAGAUGCCAUAUCGAAGCUGGAAGAGGCCUUGUCAAUCGAUCCGAAGAAGCACGCUGCGCUUUGGUGCAUUGGGAAUGUCCACACUUCAUAUGGCUUUAUGAUUCCUGAUGAAAUCGUCGCUGCCGAUCACUUUCAGAAAGCUUCUCACUACUUUGAACAAGCUCUUGACGAGCAACCAGAGAACGAACUCUACCGCAAAUCUUUGGAGCUGACUUCUAAGGCUCCAGAGCUGCAUAAAGCUGCUCAUAGCCAUGGUUUAGGCCCACAAGCUUUAGGCGGUGUCGCUGGACCAUCAGCCUCUGCCUCGACUUCAGAGAAUGUGAAGAAAAAGAAGAGCAGUGAUCUCAAGUAUGAUGUAAUGGGAUGGGUCAUCUUAGCCGCUGGAAUUGCUACAUGGAUCAGUUUUGCUAAAUCUCAGAUGCCUCCUCCACCGAGGCAGUAACUUCCACACACACACGCAAGAGUCUAAAGAUCAGAAACGUUUUUUUUUUUACUUCUAAUAAUCAUUUUCAAACGAGAGAGAGAGAGAGAGAGAGAGAAUUUGCAUUGUAUAACAACUUUGAAAACAGUUACAUGCUUUAGAAUGAAUUAGUGAAAGACCAUAGUUAAGUCACCUAACUCAGAA